AUGGAAAUAGAUGAGGACAUUGAUGUACCUCUCAUUCUUGGUCGACCAUUCAUGAAGACUGCAAGAGUUCUAAUUGAUAUGGAUGAUGGGAAGCUUAAGGUGAGGGUGAAUGAUGAGGAAGUCAACUUUGAUGUUUUUGAUGACAUGCACUACCCCAAGGACAAGAGCAGUUGCUUCCGAGUCGAUGUGAUUGAUGGCCUUAUUGAAGAUACUAGGAAGCAUGUCUCUUUUUCCACUCCUUUGGAGAAAGUCUUAAUCAAUGCGGUUGAAUACCUCCAUGAAGAAGAAGAUAGAGAGACUGAGGCAUGUCUGAAGAGCCUUGACUCAUAUAAGGAGGUAACACCUAAUUCGGUGCAUAUAGAAGAUUUGAAUGAGGAAGGGGAGGUGAAUACCCCUAAGCUUGAGUUGAAAAUACUUCCCUCUCAUCUCAAGUAUGUGUUUGUAGAAGAAGGUGGAAGCAAACCGGUCAUCAUAAGUAGUUCCUUAUCCACAUUGGAAGAGGAGAAGCUUGUGAGAGUAUUGAAGUUCUAUCAAGGGGCAAUUGGUUGGUCUAUUUCUGAUCUCAAUGGAAUUAGCCCAGCUUAUUGCAUGUAUAAGAUAUUUAUGGAGGAUGAGUUCAAACUGGUUGCUCAACCACAGAGGAGGCUUAAUCCUGUGAUGAAGGAGGUGGUGAAGAAGGAAGUGAUAAAGUCGUUGGAUGCCGGUAUGAUCUACCCCAUUUCUGAUAGUGCAUGGGUGAGCCCUGUACAAGUGGUUCCAAAGAAGGGUGGCAUGUCGGUGAUUCAAAAUGAGAAGAAUGAGUUGAUUCCUUCUCGAACGGUCAUGGGGUGGAGAAUGUGCAUUGAUUAUCAAAAGCUCAACAAAGCUACAAGGAAGAAUCAUUUUCCACUCCCAUUCAUGGAUCAGAUGCUUGAGAGAUUAGCUAGCCAAGCUUAUUAUUGCUUUCUUGAUGGGUAUUCAGGCUACAACCAGAUUAUGGUUGAUCUGGAAGAUCAAGAGAAGACCGUUUUCACAUAUCUUUUUGGUGUCUUUGCUUAUCGGAAGAUUCCAUUUGGACUGUGCAAUGCUCUUACAACAUUUCAGAGAUGCAUGCUAGUUAUAUUCUCCGACCUAGUGGAGAAGAGCAUUGAGGUUUUCAUGGACGAUUUCUCUGUGUUUGGGUCUUCAUUUGAUGAGUGCCUAGCCAAUCUUGAAGUGGUGCUUUGA